AUGCUGCGCGCCCUCGUAGCUUCUGGGAAGCUUCGGGGAUCUGCGAGCGUGCUGAGGGAGGCUAAUAACGAGGAUUUCGUCCCGUCCCUCGCGUAUGGAAUCAUGGGUUCGAAAAACGACACGGAUCGAAUCUAUCGCCUCCUAUUGGCCACCUACCAUCCCCGGAACCUCUAUGCCGUGUACAUAGACGAUGCUGACUCAGCAUUCGCGCUACGGACAAAACUCGCCGACCACCCCGUCCUGGCGGCAGCAGUGGAAGCAGCAGGGGCGGCGGAGGUGACGGAAACAGGCAGGAGUGGGGAAUAUGUGACUUUAACGGGACGGAUACGCGUGAUUGAGGAUCCGGAGAUUGUGACUGUAGAGGGCGGGUCGCGCCUGGCUGCGCUGCUGCGCCUGGCGCACACGCUGCUGCGCAUGGGGGAGGCGGAAGGGGAGGCGGAAGCGGAAGCGGAGGGGGAGGGGGAGGCGAGCUCCUCUGGCUUCUCUCCUCCGUUUCGCCUCGCCUCUCCUUCAUGGAUCAUGUGGUUGACCACCGCUUCGAACUCACCACAGAGGGAGGAUGAUGGUUCUCUACCCCUGUCUUCCCUCCCUCUCAUCCCCUCCCUCUCAUCCCCUCCCUCUCAUCCCCUCCCUCUCAUGCCCUCCCUCUCGUCCCUCUGCCCCCUACCUCCGCCUCUCCACCAACCAGCUACCGCCAGGAGAAACUACCGCCAGGAGAGCGUUUUUGCAGACAAUGCGUUGUUUGAGAGGCGGCGGGGGGGACGGUGGAUUGCCGAUAUGCGCGAUAGGGUUACCAGAUUCGAGGUGUACACUGGCUCCUUCCCUCUGCUCGCAUCUCGGCCGUUCAUCCGCUACCUGAUCGACGAACCACACGCGAUCCCACGCCGAAUGCUCAUGUUCCUGGGAGACACACUCUCGCCCCACCUGCACUACAUGCCAACCGCCGCCUGCCAGGCCGCCCGGUUCAAUCACACGGUCGUGAACAGUGGCCUGCACUUCCCGCCCUUUACAGUCACACAGGGGCACGAGAUGCCUCCUUUCAACUCUUCCCUCUGGCAAGACAUGACUGGGGGAGGUAGGGGAGGUGCUUCUGGGGGAGGUGGGGGAGGGGGACGAGAUGCCCCUUCCAACGUUGGUGCCUCUCUCACCCUUGUCAACCCUUCCCUCUGGCAAAACAUGACCGGGAAAGCUGCUUCUGAGGGAGGUGCAUCAGUCGUUGGUGGUGCUUCUAAAGGAGGUGCUUCUGAGGAAGGUUCUUCUGGGGGAGGUCCCUUCCUGUUCGUGCAUGAUCCCGAUCCAGGCUUGGUUGCCAAGAUAGACAGGUGUGUGAUGCGGUGCUGUGCGGUGAGUUUCUGGUGA